CAUUUGACCGGGGAACCCCCAGCCCUCGCUGCACCUGAGGGAACCCCACACCACCUGCGCAUGGCCCAGUCUGCCCAGAGGGGCUGCAGUUUCCCAUCUGUAAAGUGGAGGAAUUGGGUUUUCUGGAUGGGGCAGCAGCAGGUGGGCACCCUGUGUGGCCGUGAGCAGGGUCCUGGCCUGGGCUGGCAGGUCAGCAGCUGACAUGCGGCUCCCUGCAGGGAACGGGUGGCAGUGCCAGGUCUCGGUAGGAGCCUUGAAGUGGCUUCCCCUCCCUGAGCGGCGGCUUCUGCCCGGAGCCCCCAAGAGCAUACUGAGGCCACUUUGGCCAAUGAAGUCUGGUAGGGCAUCGACACUGGGGGCCAGCUUAGUGGCACUGCUGAUGGGACCUGCACGGCUCCAUGGGAGCAGAGAGACUGGCGGGGGUACCACCGCACGAUGUCACAAUGCCCAGUCUCCUGGGCUCUUGCUCCCACCCCACCCCCAACCCACAACCCCUGCCUCUGCCCAUCAGCCUGGCCAUGGUAAGUGCUGCCCCAGCCUGGGGAAGGAAAUGAGCAGGGGAGCCUAGGGAGCGUCUUCAUGGGCCCUGUGGCCUCCCAUGGGCCCCGGUUCUUCGUUGGUGCCAUUAGAACUUGUUGCUGGGACUGAGGGAUUCGGGCCACAUGCCCGCAAAGAACUCCAUGUUCCACUCAGAGGCUUCAGAGUGCAGUGCCGGGGGGCCUUCCCAAAAGUCCUCCCUGCCUGGGUGGAGCGCAGACAGCUCAGCACCCCACGGGGGGCAUUGGAGCCAGCCUUGGUUUUGUUGGGUAAGGAUGUUAGAAGAGGGGCGAAGACCCAUAGCCACUGGUGUGAAGGGUCUGCUCUUGACCGAAGGCUGCCUCCCUCUGGGUGCAGACCAGGCAGGUGGUCCCAGUCACGGUGCCCUGGGGCCACUGGGUCUGUCUGCCCUCAGGCUCCACUAGACACACCUGCGGAGGCAGCAGACUAGCAGCGGUGUCUGUGAGGGGCAGCUGCACAGCCCCCUCUUGAGGGUGCUCCUAGGCGUUGGUUAGGCCCAGGCGUUUCUGCUUUUGGGGAGCAGAGCCUGGAGUCGGGCAUGGCUGAGGAGGAAGCUAUCGCAGGCUGAGCGCGGGCUGGGGUGCUGACCUGCAUCCCAAGAGCAGAUUUGCCCCUGGCCUUCUGGGCCUGUCCUUUCUGUAACACCACACUGGACACCUGGGAGCAGAGCAUGCCCCCGGCAGGAUCCCACAUGGCUGCUGGAGCACUGGGGCAGCAGGUGACUGAGGUCGCCCAGAGCUUGAGGGAACACCUCAUCCAGGGAGGAGGCUGAGGCUCCCAGGCCACAGUAGCAAGUGGGGAGUGGAGCCUCACAACCUGCGUCCCACCAAGAUGGUCCCUCUUAACAUUACACAGAACCAAAACCUUAGAGGGGGCCCUGAUGUCCUGGGACUGUGAAAGCCCCAUGAUUCCCCUUUAGCUUGGAUGGACCCAAAGGUAUGGACUCCAGCUGGGAGGCGGGGGCAGCUGAUAGAGAGCCUGGAGCCGUCUCAGUGCUCCAGGCGCUUGGCUCCUCCUUUCUACACGGUGGUCACCAGCAUCCUCCCUGGCGUCUCCUUCAUGAGUGGGCACUCCACCCUCUGCCUGGCCACCUGGCCCCCUCCCAGGGAGGACAGUCAGGCCCACAGAGAAGCUCCCUCUUUUUUUUUCUUUUCCCCUGUUCUGUUGUCCAGGCUGGAGUGCAGUGGUGCCAUCUCGGUUCACUGCAAGCUCCGCCUCCCGGCUUCACGCCAUUCUCCUGCCUCAGCCUCCCUAGGAGCUGGGACUACAGGCGCCUGCCACCAUGCCCGGCUAAUUUUUAUUUUUAUUUUUAGUAGAGACAGGGUUUCAACGUGUUAGCCAGGAUGGUCUCAGUCUCCAGACCCUGUGAUCUGCCCGCCUCGGCCUCCCAAAGUGUUGGGAUUACAGGUGUGAGCCACCGCGCCUGGCCGAGGCUCCCUCUUUUAUGAGGAGCGGGAAGGCCUCCUGCACCCUGGAGACCGUGUGGGAAGACAAGCACAAGUAUGAGGAGGCCGAGCGGCGCUUCUACGAACACGAGGCCACACAGGCGGCCGCCUCCGCCCAGCAGCUGCCAGCCGAGGGGCCAGCCAUGAAUGGGCCCGGCCAGGAAGACCCUGAGGACGCUGAUGAGGCGGAGGCCCCUGACGGCGGCAGCAGGCGUGAUCCCAGGAAGAGCCAGGACAGCAGGAAGCCCCUGCAGAAAAAGAGGAAGCGCUCCCCCAAGAGCGGGCUCGGCCCCGCGGACCUGGCCCUCCUGGGCCUCUCGGCCGAAUGCGUGUGGCUGGACAAGUCACUUUUCGACCAGGCAGAGAGCUCCUACCGCCAGAAGCUGGCAGAUGUGGCUGCCCAGGCAGCCUGGCCUCCUGCCUUGGCCCCCUGGGGUCUCUGCACCCAUGGAAACCAGGUGGCCUGCCACCACGUGACCUGGGGGAUCUGGGUCAACAAGUCCUCCUUCGACCGGGCUGAGCAGGCCUUCGUGGAGUGGUCUCAGGCCCUGUUGCUGGUCCCCGAGGGCAGCCGCAGGCAGGGGACUCCCAACACAGGCCAGCAGGUGGCCGUCCCCGACCUGGCCCACCAGCCCAGCCCACCGGUCAAUGGCCAGCCUCCGCUGGGCAGCCUGCAGGCACUGGUUCGGGAGGUGUGGCUGGAGAAGCCCCGGUAUGAUGCAGCCGAGAGGGGCUUCUACGAGGCCCUGUUUGACGGCCAUCCCCCAGGGAAGGUGCGCCUGCGAGAGCGAGCCGGCCUGGCCGAGGGUGCCCGGCGGGGCCGCAGAGACCGGCGGGGCCGCAACAUCUUAGGGAAUAAGCGGGCCGGGCUGCGGCGGGCCGAUGGGGAGGCCCCCUCUGCCUUGCCCUACUGUUACUUCCUGCAGAAGGAUGCAGAGGCCCCCUGGCUCAGCAAGCCUGCCUACGACAGCGCCGAGUGCCGCCACCACGCUGCCGAGGCCCUGCGCAUGGCCUGGUGCCUCGAAGCUGCCUCCCUGUCUCACCGACCCGGUCCUCGGUCUGGCCCGUCCGUGUCCAGCCUGAGACCCAACAGAAAAAUGGCUACAAACUUCCUAGCACAUGAGAAGAUCUGGUUCGACAAGUUCAGAUAUGACGACGCAGAAAGGAGAUUCUACGAGCAGAUGAACGGGCCUGUAGCAGGUGCCUCCCGCCAGGAGAACGGCGCCAGCGUGAUCCUCCGUGACAUUGCGAGAGCCAGAGAGAACAUCCAGAAAUCCCUGGCUGGAAGCUCAGGCCCCGGGGCCUCCAGCGGCACCAGCGGAGACCACAGUGAGCUCGUCGUCCGGAUUGCCAGUCUGGAAGUGGAGAACCAGAGUCUGCGUGGCGUGGUACAGGAGCUGCAGCAGGCCAUCUCCAAGCUGGAGGCCCGGCUGAACGUGCUGGAGAAGAGCUCGCCUGGCCACCGGGCCACGGCCCCACAGACCCAGCACGUGUCUCCCAUGCGCCAAGUGGAGCCCCCAGCCAAGAAGCCAGCCACACCAGCAGAGGAUGACGAGGAUGAUGACAUUGACCUGUUUGGCAGUGACAAUGAGGAGGAGGACAAGGAGGCGGCACAGCUGCGGGAGGAGCGGCUACGGCAGUACGCGGAGAAGAAGGCCAAGAAGCCUGCACUGGUGGCCAAGUCCUCCAUCCUGCUGGAUGUCAAGCCUUGGGAUGAUGAGACGGACAUGGCCCAGCUGGAGGCCUGUGUGCGCUCUAUCCAGCUGGACGGGCUGGUCUGGGGGGCUUCCAAGCUGGUGCCCGUGGGCUACGGUAUCCGGAAGCUACAGAUUCAGUGUGUGGUGGAGGACGACAAGGUGGGGACAGACUUGCUGGAGGAGGAGAUCACCAAGUUUGAGGAGCACGUGCAGAGUGUCGAUAUCGCAGCUUUCAACAAGAUCUGAAGCCUGAGUGUGUGUACGUGCGCGUGUGCGUGAGGCCCUGCCACGAUUAAAGACUGAGACCGGC